GAGAAUAGAAAAGAAGGAGGUGGUCGACCUGCUCCCCGGGGACCGAAGCCUUAACUCAGCCAAUGCUCGACGCAAGCAGCCGCCGGGGCUCACUCGAGCGUCGCCAGCCCUAAAAUGCAUCACCAGCACUUUCACCACUUGCAGGCACCAGCGGGCAGCUCCUCCUAGCCGACGCCGAGCAGCGAAGCCCUUUCGCCGGGCAAGAACUCUACCGGGAGUCGCUGCCUAUCUGGAGCUCAGUGACAUCGCGUGAACAAAAGAAUACAUGGAGAUACAAAACAUCGAUUGGAUUAUUUGAACACUUUUUCCACUGCCUUUUUUUUUGGAGGAAGAAAUGGCUAGAAUCUGAACCUUUGACGUGUUUUUUGUCCUCAUUUCUUUUUGGCUUGGGCCCUGAGAACCAGUCAUGGCAGACCCUGAGGAGACUUUCGGCCUGCAAGCCUCUCCCGGUUCUGGUUCCGAUUCGAGGGAGGUAGCAAGCGAAGCCAAAGCCGAGAAGCCCAACGGCACGCCCGGCAAGUCGCCGUCCUCGCAAACUACAUACAUCCAGCAGGGUAUGGAGGGUAUAAAAGUGUACCUUCACGAGAGGGAACUGUGGGUGAAGUUCCACGAGGUGGGCACCGAGAUGAUCAUCACCAAAGCGGGCAGGCGAAUGUUCCCCAGCUUUAAAGUGAAAGUCACCGGCCUGAACCCCAAAACAAAAUACAUCCUGCUGAUGGAUGUCGUACCCGCAGAUGAUCAUCGAUACAAGUUUGCUGAUAAUAAAUGGUCGGUGACAGGGAAAGCUGAGCCUGCCAUGCCCGGGAGGCUGUACGUGCACCCCGACUCUCCGGCUACGGGGGCCCACUGGAUGCGGCAGUUGGUCUCCUUCCAGAAGCUCAAGCUGACCAACAACCACUUGGACCCGUUCGGACACAUCAUCUUGAACUCGAUGCACAAAUAUCAGCCCAGGAUCCACAUCGUCAAGGCGGACGAGAAUAACGGCUUCGGCUCCAAGAACACCGCCUUCUGCACGCACGUCUUCCCUGAGACCGCCUUCAUAGCCGUAACUUCCUACCAGAAUCAUAAGAUAACGCAGCUUAAAAUUGAGAACAACCCAUUUGCCAAAGGCUUUCGGGGAAGUGAUGACAUGGAACUGCAUCGGAUGUCCAGAAUGCAAAGCACCAAGGAAUACCCAGUAGUACCUCGCAGCACAGUACGCCAACGAGUGAGCUCCAGCCAGAGCCCGUUCAGUGGGGAAGUCCAAGGCCUGGCCACCCCAAGCACCUUGAGCUCGCAAUACCCCCAGUGUGAGAAUGGGGUGACCAGUACUUCACAGGACUUGUUGCCCCAGUCGGGCUCCUAUCCUCUCCCCCAUGAGCAUGGCCAGGAAUACAACUGCAUCAAGAGGAAAGCAGCAGCGGAUGAUGACUGUCAGUCAAGCGAGCAUAGCUACAAGAAAGCCUACUUGGAGAGCUCCUCCAGCGAAGACGAUCAUUACUAUCGCCCAGUGGGCUAUGCGCAGAGUUUGGGCCUGGCUGCUGGGCCCUAUCGCAGCGAGUCCAGCCAGCGGCAGGCCUGCAUGUAUGCCGGUGCCUCACAGAGUGCAGAGCCAGUUCCCAGCCUGGAAGACAUCAGCUGCAAUACCUGGGCUGGCAUGUCACCCUACGGGGGCUGCUCGGUAGCCACCAUGCAGCCUAUGGAGAGACUGCCCUACCAACACUUCUCAGCUCAUUUCACAUCCGGUUCUCUGGUGUCCAGACUCGGCGGGGUGGGGACCCACUCUUCGCCUCAGCUGGCUGAUGGUCACCAUCCAGCCAUGUACCAGAGCUCCAUGACACACCAGACUCUGGGUCGCCAGUGUAGCCCCGGUGCCGGAAUCCAGUCACCGACCUCCAGCCUCCAGGGGAACGAGUACCUGUACACACACGGCAUACCGCGCACACUAUCGCCUCACCAGUACCAUGCCGUUCAUAGUGUCAGCAUCAUGCCAGAGUGGAACGACAACAGCUAGGAGAGCUUUUCCAGGCUACAGAGGUUUAGAUACAUUUCUAUUUAUAUUUUUAUAGGAUGUGCAUUCAGUGACACAAAGCAGGAUGUUAGCAAGCGGGGAGCAGAAGUGUAGUCGUGUCGUCUGCACACAUAAACCGCCAUUAAACAUGAGAUAUCAUGAUGAGAUAUGGCUUGAAUAAACAAAGACUAAUCACACUAAAAACGAAGAGAAAAAAAGACGAGAAUAUGGUGACGGAAGAUUCAUUGUCCAAAAGCCUAUUUGGAUGAAUGUACUGAAUUUGUUCACGAGACUGUCUUCCUGUUUUACAUGAGCCUUGGAAGUUUACAAGCAGGAUUUCGCUGUAGCUCUAAAAUGAAUGGAUUGGGUUUUUGGCCAACAGUAUAUUUGUUUAGAAUCUCUUGUGUCCACCCAUUCAUUUUCAAUUGUCCCAAGGAAGGUGUCUAUUCCAGCUCAAAUUGGGCAAGGCCGUGGAUGAUUAACUUUCCAUUUAAUAAUCAGGCAUUCAGACAGAAGCAAUAAUUUGGAUCAACAUUCAGUCUGAAAUCAAGCGAACAUACAAAAAUACAUGUUUUGGGCUCGCGGAAAAUAAAGGAGGCCUCUUGGGCAGAAUUGUUAAAAUGCCACCCAAUACUAAAAUGUAUCACUCUUUUAAUGUGUUGGAAUCAUCAAUCUGGGCCAUACCUGUAUUUUAACAUAAAUGUUUUGUUUUCCUGCCCGCUAAAUAUCCAAGCAGCAAAACGUAUCUCAUUGUAUUGCAGUGGUAAAAUGGAAAAAUACCGAAAUGAAUGUGGAAAUGCGCAUUAGAGAAUUAUUUUCUCUUGAAGUCCCAGUAAAGUGAAAAUAAGCCUUUUUAAUUUGACACACCACAGAAAAUGGUGGUCAAGCCGUUAUCUCUGCCCUCUCACCGUGGGCGUGCCUAAUGUUUUAAUGGUGAACAACAUUGGAACACGGUCUUUAGAAUCAAGCUGUUAUAUUGUUCUCAUUCUUUCAGCGGUUGUCUUCAAACAAAGGUCUGAAUUUUACAGUGUUUUUAAGAAAUUAUCCUCCUCAGGUAACCAACAUUAUGCUCAUUUUAAAUAUAUCUAGAUACAAUAUUGAGAGAAAAAAAAACAGGUCAUGACCAUACGCGACGUUUAAGGUGGGCGUUUAAGGCCAGGCCCUCCCUGGUGACCGAGAAGUGUCAUAGCAUGUAAUUAACUUUCCUAUACCGUAUUUUUUAGACAAUAAGUCGCACCUGAGUAUUAGUCGCACCAGCCAUAAAAAGCCCAACGAAGAGGAAAAAAAACAUACAAGUCGCACCGGAGUAUAUGUCGCAAUUUUGGGGUAAAUUUACUUGAUAAAAUCCAACACAUAGAACAGAUAUGUCGUCUUGAAAGGCAAUUUAACAUAAUAAUACAAUAGAGAAUUACAGGCUGAAUAAGUGUACAGUAUGAUAAUGUUACAUGCAUGAACAACGAAAUGAGAAUAUACUGUCCUCACCAGAACGCUACGGCUCGGUCCUGGCUAUACAGCGAGCUAAACUCCCAAAUGACAAUGCUGGACAUCCGUAUAAUUUGCUAAAUCAAUUUCGUCCUCGAUACCAAACAGGUUCGCAUCAACGUAAAUAAAUGAUAAUUAGGUGCUAUUACAGUAAUGACACAAACAUGCGUUCGCUAGCAUUAGCACAUUGUUCAAACAACAACACAACUGGCUCUAAGUGUCCGAUCGCGGGUGGAAAACACACAACAGCAGAAAAGAUGAUACACACUGACGUUGCCUCUGUAGAGAUAUUUUACAAGCAUAAGCAAUGAACGUAGGUUCGCAGCCGUGUCUCUCUCUCGCUCUCUCCCUCUCUCUCCCUCGCCCACACGCUCAGAGACGCUGCGUAGCUGUCAGUCUUCUGGCGUGUGAGCGCUCUUCUUCGCAUAAACAAGUGCGAGUGCGCCCCUACAUGGGCGUGAAAGCGCCACAAACUAAAAGCAUGCAUUUCAAUAUAAAAAGGUCAAUAAUACAAUUGAACACACAUUACCAAAGGCAGAAUGUGAACGUGGCCAUAGCUAUUAAGAGUUAUUCAGAUAACUAUAGCAUAAACAACAUGCUAACAAGUUUACCAAACCAUCAGUGACACUCCAAAACACCAAAAUAACAUGUGAAAUGAUAUCAUGUGUUAAUAAUUUCACACAUAAGUCGCUCCUGAGUAUAAGUCGCACCCCCAGCCAAACUAUGAAAAAACGACUUAUAGUUUGAAUAGUACAGUAUGUGAUUUUAAAAUUAAGAGUUAGAAUACUGUCUAUCAAAGCUGUAAAGCAAUUAAACAAAGAAAAAUGAAUGAAAUGAACAAGAUAUUUUUAUCAUGGGUCAAAAUUAUUUUUUGAACAGCUCUUGUGACAAGCACCUUUGACGGUCAUUUGCUUUGCUUAGCCAAAACCACCCGUGGACUGAAGAGGCAAGCUGGAUAUAAGUAAUUUUUUCAAACCUAAGCUUUCAAAAGCAACAACAACGAUUGAGCAAGAACCAAGGAAUGAAAAUGUGGACCAUAUAACACCGGAGAGCACCGCCAAAAUGGUCAGCGGAGUUUCAAUUUGCCGCACUAAAGAAUGUAAUUGUACAAGAGCCACCACCGGUGUCUUGCCAAUGUAGUUCCCCCAUCAAAAAUUGUAUCCCCUGGCCGUGGGAGCGCACACACACAAACACACAUUAGUUAUGAGUUAUGUCUACUUAAUUGAAGCCAGAAAAGAAGCACAGUUAUAUAUUUUGGACAUCAACGUUUAUUAAACUGGAGAAACUCCAUACAGCACUUGAAUUACAGUAAUAACAGAGGUAAUUCUACGAGUAAAACAGUAAAACAUUGCCUUUUUUUUACGAUACAUACAUAUGUUACGUUAUACGACAAAUAUAAGAUUUUGUUUUAUGGAUGUGCCAUGUUUUAAAACCUCGUAUACAACUACAUCAUCAAAACAUGGAAAUAAAGCAAAUCAGUGCAGCGCAGUGGCUCCGUUCAGGGGAUACAAUUUUUUACGGGGGUAACUACAUUGGCACGACAUCAGCGGGCGUGCCAUAUUCAAUGGAUAACGAUCUUGGUGAAAAGUAUAGCUAUCCUAAGUAGCCUGAUAUAGAAUUACCCUCAUAAAUGAUGGGAAAUAAAAAAUGUUUAUUUUCAACAUAUUAUUAUAAAUAUUCUUAUAAGUUAAUUUUAUUGCUGCCACUGCAUUUUGGGGUCACCAACAUGUUGUGCCCUCCCUGCCCCAAAAAGCAAACUCCGUCUAUGGUCAUGACAAUUCUAUUGAAGAUGUUCACCCAAAUUUCAGUUAAAAUCAAAAGCUUUAUUUACAUGAUGUUUAAAAUCUUACAUUUCUCUUUCGGGAGCAAUCCACACAAAAAAAUACUAAUAUUCAUUACAUGCAGGAGCCUUGUUUAUUCCUAUAAUUGUGUUGCUAUAUUGAGACAAUUACUGGUUUCCUGUCAGGUUCAGAAAAAUCUCAAGUCUCAGCCGCAACAACGCCCAGAAAAAAAAUGUUGCUGUUUGAUGUCAUGUCCAGUGAAACCUUGCACUCCAGUUUAUAAUCAUCCUUCAAUUGGCACCUCUCUAACAAUAGAAUUUUAAAAGUCUUGUAACGCGGAAGCAGGACACCACAGGGAAAUGUAGUUUUAGGAAAUGUUCUUCAUUUAUGUGAAACAAAAGGCAGAUGUUUUACCACACAUGUGGACAAAAUAUUUUUAAUGCUUGUAGUUUAUAGGAUGUUAUUUGUCAAUAGUAUUUAUUGUUCACCUAUGUAAAUCACCUUACCCAUGCAUGUAGUAAAGAAGGAUGGUUACAGUUUUCUAAUACCCUGUUUUCUCAAAUUGAUUUUGUAUAGCUUUUUCGAAUCAUACUUUAGUAGAAAACAGGAAAUUACAGAGGUUUAGUAUGUAUCUAAGUUCACACCAGGAUAUCUUUGUAAAUAGACAUGUACAUAAAAGAAAAUUUGCAAUAAAUUCAAAACAAAUCCU